GAGUUGCUCGUUCCUUUCAUUCUCGAGGGGGUUUCGCCUGCUCUCGCCUGGUUCUACUGUUAAGGCUCCGGCUUCUCCGGUACCGCCUCUCCAGAAAUCCCAAUUAAGCCGCCCGGUGCCGCAAAGAGCCCCUGACUAGCCUCCUCCCCUCGUAGCUGUCCGUUUCCUCUUCCCAAUCUUUAGUCCCCUCAUUCCAUCCUCUCGCUCUGCUUGGAAAGGGGCCGGAGAGAAAUUUGUCACACGUUCCCCACCCACCCUGAAAAUCCCCUGUCAGACAGUAAGUGUUUCGGGGUGAGGUGAGGGCUCUGCAAUGAGGUCCAGCGUACCGUUGUGCUCGUUAAAUACCCAGCAGUACCUCUCAGACCAGCAAUCCCCGACCCUCCAGUCUCCAUGUCUUAGGGAAGCCAAAUUCGAGAGUUAUAUAAUUUCUAAUGCUGCUGUUUCUCCUGCCUGAGGAAACACUUCAUCGCCUGGAGGGUGCAGGACAUUUCAGUGUUCUGCAUAAGAACGGGGUGUGGGCAGGGGUGGCAGCACUGGCAGAGAGAUUUCCUGUCUUUUUCUGCAAAAGGAAGGUGGGUAGUUUGGAGAGAGGUUGAGAGAAAGGGUGGAUGUGAAGCCAAGCAGCUGAACUCUCAUUUAGAAAAUCGCGGACCGUUUGCAUAGCUUAUGUUUACAUGCCUAACACUACUACAGCGUCUCAGAAAACGCCUUUGGGGGAAGGUUCGCUUCUCCUCUUGAACAGUCUCAGUGUUUUGCCUCGCCAGAUAGGUAGCUGCUUGGAUGUGAAGAAAUGGCAUGAUGUGAAUGACUCCAGUGUGAAGAAAUCUGCUUCGCCAACUCAUGCUGCAUCAAGUGCCCAUUGAGUAGCACUGUCACUUUAAUGUCUCCAUGCCAAGGGAUUGCUUUCCAUCUUCUCAGUCCUCUCGGUUAAUAUAUGGGAGGAUCGGAAUCAGAGAGGCAUUAAAGAACAAGCCGGGGGUCUUAGAGAGCACAGAAGAAAAAGAUGAAAAUGACAGCAAGCAGAAUCUUGUCUGACUGAGGGGGUGAGAUCCGGAACUUCUUGUCCAAUGAAUAGAAGGGGGCUUUUCAAGUCGGUUUCUGCCCUCAGAGGACUGUUCAAACUCACCCACCUUUUUAGAGACUUUUUUGUUAUGGUGAGAGGGAGGGGAGGUUAAAUUUUUCUCUAAAGAAUUGAGAAUCUUCAACAUCAAAUUUUUGAACAUGAUCACGUAUAGAGUAAUGAGACAGCUGACCAAAUUUGGUUUGUGCCUUGAGUUAGUCUUUGAACUUCCAGAAAUGUUGCUUCCUGAUGAAGAGUUUUAAUUACGUUUUCUAUGCUACAAAAAUUUUCUCAGUUUUUAAAAACUAAAUAUUUUUUAAAAUUGAAAAACUUGAAAAACUCAAAAGUUAGUUUUCUCUAAACUCCGUGGGAGAUGUCAAAAGUUUAACUGGGGAAAAAAAUACACCAUUAUUCUCUACCUGAAAAAGAAGACCCAGCUGGGAUUUCAAAACUGAACAGUGAAGUGGUUUGCCAACAGUUACCUGGCUUUUGGCCUCAAUCCAGCUGGAUCAAGCUGAGAGCUGAAACGAGAUCUUGAAUCCUGUCGCAGCAGAAAGACCCAAGAAUGCCAGUCAAGAAGAAAGAUACUGACAGAGCUUUAUCAUUACUGGAAGAAUACUGCCAAAAAUUAAGGAAACCAGAGGAGAAGCAGUUGAAAAACGCUGUUAAAAAGGUGAUGGGUAUCUUUAAGAGCAGUUUAUUCCAAGCUUUGCUAGAUAUUCAAGAAUUUUAUGAGGUUACAUUGCUAAAUUCUCAAAAAAGUUGUGAGCAGAAGAUAGAAGAAGCCAAUCAAGUUGCCCAGAAAUGGCAGAAGAAAUCCCUUCUUGCUUCAUGCCAUGAUAGCCAUCAAAAUCUCAAGGAGCUUACAGGUUGCAGUGGAUCAAAGGAAAAUGCUCCAUGUGUUGAGCAAAAUAAAGGAAACCAGUGUCUUGAAAAUGAAACUGUUGAAAAGACAAGUCAAAACCAAGGCAAAUGUCCAGCCCAGAAUUGUUCAGUGGAAGCCCCUGCUUGGAUGCCUGUCCACCACUGUACUAAGUAUCGAUAUCAAGAUGAGGACAUUCCACACGAUCAUUCCUUACCUCGGCUAACCCAUGAAGUUAGAGGCCCUGAACUUGUGCAUGUAUCAGAAAAGAACCUCUCUCAAAUAGAAAAUGUUCACGGAUACGUCUUACAGUCUCACAUUUCUCCUCUGAAGGCUAGCCCUGCUCCUAUAAUUGUCAACACAGAUACUUUGGACACGAUUCCUUAUGUCAAUGGAACAGAAAUCGAAUAUGAAUUUGAAGAAAUUACAUUGGAGAGGGGGAAUUCUGGCCUGGGAUUCAGUAUUGCUGGAGGGACAGAUAAUCCCCACAUUGGAGAUGAUCCUGGCAUAUUUAUUACGAAGAUUAUACCAGGAGGUGCUGCAGCAGAGGAUGGCAGGCUCAGGGUCAACGAUUGUAUCUUGCGGGUGAAUGAGGUUGAUGUGUCAGAAGUUUCCCACAGUAAAGCAGUAGAAGCUCUCAAAGAAGCGGGAUCUAUUGUUCGGCUGUAUGUCCGUAGAAGACGACCCAUUUUGGAGACGGUGGUGGAAAUUAAACUUUUCAAAGGACCUAAAGGUUUAGGCUUCAGUAUUGCAGGAGGUGUGGGCAACCAACACAUUCCUGGAGACAACAGCAUUUAUGUAACUAAAAUUAUAGAUGGAGGAGCUGCACAAAAAGAUGGAAGGUUGCAAGUAGGAGACAGACUACUAAUGGUAAAUAACUACAGUUUAGAAGAAGUAACACAUGAAGAGGCAGUAGCAAUAUUGAAGAACACGUCAGAUGUAGUUUAUUUAAAAGUUGGCAAACCCACCACCAUUUAUAUGACUGAUCCUUAUGGUCCACCUGAUAUUACUCACUCUUAUUCUCCACCGAUGGAAAACCAUCUUCUCUCUGGCAACAAUGGUACUUUAGAAUACAAGACCUCCCUGCCACCCAUCUCUCCGGGAAGGUACUCACCAAUUCCAAAGCACAUGCUUAUUGAAGACGACUACACCAGGCCUCCGGAACCUGUUUACAGCACUGUGAACAAACUGUGUGAUAAGCCUGCUUCUCCCAGGCACUAUUCCCCUGUUGAGUGUGACAAAAGCUUCCUUCUCUCAGCUCCCUACCCCCACUACCACCUAGGCCUGCUCCCUGACUCUGAGAUGACCAGUCAUUCCCAACACAGCAGUGCAGUCCGCCAACCUUCAGUGACUCUCCAACGGGCCAUCUCUCUGGAAGGGGAGCCCCGCAAAGUGGUUCUGCACAAAGGCUCCACUGGUCUGGGCUUCAACAUUGUGGGCGGGGAAGAUGGAGAAGGUAUUUUUGUGUCCUUCAUUCUGGCCGGUGGACCAGCAGACUUGAGUGGGGAGCUCCAGAGAGGAGACCAGAUCCUAUCAGUGAAUGGAAUUGACCUCCGUGGAGCAUCCCAUGAGCAGGCAGCUGCUGCACUAAAAGGGGCUGGACAGACGGUGACGAUUAUAGCACAAUACCAACCUGAAGAUUACGCUCGAUUUGAGGCCAAAAUCCAUGACCUACGAGAGCAGAUGAUGAACCACAGCAUGAGCUCCGGGUCCGGGUCCCUACGAACCAAUCAGAAACGCUCCCUGUAUGUCAGAGCCAUGUUUGACUAUGACAAGAGCAAGGACAGUGGGCUGCCAAGUCAAGGACUUAGUUUUAAAUACGGAGACAUUCUCCAUGUUAUCAACGCAUCUGAUGAUGAAUGGUGGCAAGCCAGGAGAGUCAUGCUGGACGGGGACAGUGAGGAGAUGGGGGUCAUCCCCAGCAAACGGAGAGUGGAAAGAAAGGAACGUGCCCGAUUGAAGACAGUGAAGUUUAAUGCAAAACCUGGAGUGAUUGAUUCAAAAGGGUCAUUCAAUGACAAGCGUAAAAAGAGCUUCAUCUUUUCACGAAAAUUCCCAUUCUACAAGAACAAGGAGCAGAGUGAGCAGGAAACCAGUGAUCCUGAACAACACGUUUCUUCUAAUGCCAGCGAUAGCGAAAGUAGCUACAGAGGACAAGAAGACUUCAUUCUUUCCUAUGAACCUGUCACAAGGCAGGAAAUAAACUAUACCCGGCCAGUUAUUAUCCUGGGCCCAAUGAAGGAUCGGAUCAAUGAUGACUUGAUAUCUGAAUUCCCUGACAAAUUUGGCUCCUGUGUGCCUCAUACUACGAGGCCAAAACGUGACUACGAGGUGGAUGGCAGAGACUAUCACUUUGUCAUCUCCAGAGAACAAAUGGAGAAAGAUAUCCAAGAGCACAAGUUUAUAGAAGCCGGCCAGUAUAAUGACAACUUAUAUGGAACCAGUGUCCAGUCUGUGAGAUUUGUAGCAGAAAGGGGCAAACACUGCAUACUUGAUGUAUCGGGAAAUGCUAUCAAGCGGUUACAAGUUGCCCAGCUCUAUCCCAUUGCCAUCUUCAUAAAGCCCAAGUCUCUGGAACCUCUGAUGGAGAUGAAUAAGCGUCUAACAGAGGAACAAGCCAAGAAAACCUAUGAUCGAGCAAUUAAAUUAGAACAAGAAUUUGGAGAAUAUUUUACAGCUAUUGUGCAAGGAGACACCUUAGAAGAUAUAUAUAACCAGUGCAAGCUUGUUAUUGAAGAGCAAUCUGGGCCUUUCAUCUGGAUUCCCUCAAAGGAAAAGUUAUAAAUUAGCUACUGCACCUCUGACAAUGACAGAAGAGCAUUUAGAAGAACAAAAUAUAUAUAAUAUACUACUUGGAGGCUUUUAUGUUUUUGUUGCAUUUAUGUUUUUGCAGUCAAUGUGAAUUCUUAUGAAUGUACAACACAAAUUGUGUGAAGCCAUGAAGGAAACGGAGGGGCCAAAGGGUGGGACAGAAAAGACAUUGCAGUAUGCUGGAAGGCUUUGGUUUGCUCAAAGUGCCAGGUAUAGGGAUGAACCUCUGAUAGGCUUUCUACCCAGGAGAUGGGCAGCCUCCUCACCCCAGCAGAUGUCCAGAGCUGAAUUAGCUGCUGAGCUCUCUGUUUUUUUUGUUUUUUUUUUUUGCAUUAAAGAAAAGUUGCCAGCACUCGAACCUCACCAACCUUCCCAUUACCCACAUCUGUAAUUGGUACACUUCGAAUUUUAUAACUAUGCACAUCCUUUGAUUUCUUAACAAGCAAAAGAAAGAAAGAAGGAAAAAGGAAAAGAGUUCUUUGGAGAUGGCAUAAUACCAGGGAAGAAAACGUGUGUAGUUUCUUUGGCAUUUGCAAAGACAAGCAUUUCAUAAAAUUCGCAAGUGUAUGGAGGACUGACCUCACUGAGAGGAGGGGGAUUCCACUUGGGAUUAGCUUUAUGAUUGUUGAUUGUCUAUUUUGCCAUUUAUAAACUGAAAGAAGGCACUAAAGAUGAGAAUAAUUUAUACAAUAAAAAUAUAUUAAAUGUAUAGAAAUGAA